AAAAAAAUUGAACGUAUGUCACGUACUUUUAUUACAAACAUAACUUUCGUAAAUACCUUUAUUAUCAUAAAUUUAAAAAAGUUCUUCAUGGAUUCAUCUUCGAUUGUAAGCUUUAAUAAUGACACUGCAUUCCAAAGUACUCUUAAAGGUGAUUACAACAAUAUAAGUGUACACGAGUUGGCAUUGCAUGCAAUGAGAGAUCGUUGUUUACUAUUGCAACGAAGAAUUAAUGCUUUGGAAAGUGAUAAUAUGCGUCUUAAACUCGACGUUACGAAGGCAACUGAGAGUACGUCCUAUAUUCCUCUAAGAGAAGAUGAAAAGUUCAUGUUACAACAGAAAAUAGCGGAAUUAAAUAAACAAAAAUCUCAGUUGUUGCACCACGUAUUUAUGGUUUCAUGCGAAAAUAAAAACUUAUGGAACAAACUGUCCACUCUUAGAGGACCUGACAAAGAAUUUUUAAAAAAACCACAAUUGCGCACUCAUUUGCACAGCACACCUAAAUCAAGUGUCAAUUAUCAAGAAAAAUUUUCAGAAUGUAGCUUAGAAGAAAUAUCCUUAAAAAUGAUUAAUAGUUAUAUUCAAGAAAAGUCACAGUUAGUGGAACAGUAUGAACAAAUGGCUCAACUUCAAGAUGUUGAUGAUGAAAACUUGUUGAAUGUUGAUUCUAUUGGUUUCACAUACAUGGAGGACCCUGUGACUGAUUCAUUGAAAGAAAUUCAUUUUGAAACAGAAAAACUACAGGAAUUAAAGAAAGAACUUGCACAACAAGAAGAUGAUUUAAAAGUAAUCAUAGCAAGGGUGGAGACAGUAUUAAAAAAUGGCUACAAGUGUCCUACAUGUACAGCUAACAAUGCAAAAAUUACUUCAUCAGAACAUAAAGAAAUAGAAACCAGUGAUAGCUUGGCUAAUUGGGCAACUCCAGUAGAAUCCAGUAGUUAUAAUAACUUUAGUGAACUUAACACAUCUGCUUUCAAGAAAAAUCUUUCUGGUAUAAAUGAUAAUGAUAAUAAAGACAAAAUAUGCCUUGAUAAAGUAUGUCCUAUGUGUGGAGAAAAUUUUCAGAAAGAUGUUGCUUUUGCAGAGUUUCAGGCUCAUGUGGAGAGUCAUUUUAUUGGUGAAUGUGAACCAGAUUCUGUUAUAGAUAAUUUUGAAAAUGUACCAUACUCAUUUGAUCCUGUGAUUUGAAUAUUGUUAGAACCAUAAAUUAGUUUAUUUAAAUAUCCUAUUU